AUGCGCUUCUUCCAGACUCUUUCGCUUUCAGCGCUUCUUACUCUUGGCAAUGCUGCUGCCAUUGCCAAGGACUCAAAAGUCAAGGUCCCAGAACUACCAAACACUGACUACGAUGCCGUCGUCAUUGGAGGUGGCCCAGCUGGUCUUUCUGCUUUGAGUGGUCUUGCUCGUGUACGAAGAAAUGUCCUUCUUCUCGACAAUGGACUGUACAGAAAUGGACCUACUCGGCACAUGCACGAUGUCAUUGGCUUUGACGUCGUAGACAUCAAGGCCCAAAAGGGCGACUACACUUCCUUCUCCCUCUCAGUUGACUACCCCGGUCAAGACACCAAGACAAUCACAGCCCGCAAGGUCGUUCUCGCAACUGGCAUCAAGGACCUUCUCCCUGACACGCCCGGUAUUGCUGAGAACUGGGGCAAGGGCAUCUUCUGGUGUCCCUGGUGCGACGGCCACGAGCACGCCGAUCAACCCCUCGGUCUCAUCGCCCCUCUAAACAAGGUCGCCGGCCUCGUCCGAGAGAUGGCAACCCUCAACUCCAACGUGUACGCCUUUGUCAACGGAACCGACAACAGCACCACACAAGCCCUCGCAGACCAGGAUCUUCCCCAGUGGAGGGAGUACCUGAAGCUGCACAACGUUACAGUCGACAACAGAACCAUCACAGAGGUCAAGCGUCUCAAGAACGGUGACACCCACAACGCUGAUCCCAGCCUUCCUUCUGUCCCUGAGUUUGAUCUUUUCAGCGUUGAGUUCACUGAGGGCAAGCCCGUUGAGCGCGCUGCGUUCUUGACGAGUUUCCCUGAUGAGCAGCGCUCUGAUGUUGGAGAGAAGGCUGGUGUUACGCUGUACGGUGGACGACUCCAGGCUAAUGGCAGUGCGGGUCUGAUCACCAACGUCCCUGGUAUCUACGCCAUUGGUGAUGCCAACACUGACAACACCACCAACGUGCCCCAUGCUCUCUUCACCGGUAAGAGGGCUGCGGUCUUUUUGCACGUCCAACUUGAGAGAGAGACACAGGCUGUUGAGCUCGCAGGACUGCCCAAGCGAGAGGCUGAGCUCCAGGAGCGAGAUCUUUGGGAGACGAUGAAUGGCAAGCGUGGCGAGAUGCUCUACGCUGGUGAAUUUGAGCAAUAA